UGUUGGCCAAGCUGGGCUCAGGUUGAGGGUCCAAUACGUGACCGUAUUCGUGGCUAGACUGACUGUCUUCUGCUGAUUUCUGGGUUUCCUUGUCCCCCAAAUGUGGUGGGUGUUCCUGGAGGUAUGGCCAAGCCCCCAGGCCUGCUGUGACUGGGCUGCUGGUGGGUUUCAGGGGCACCGACCCUAGGUACAGGCCAGGGAUGCUGGCCAGCUCCUGUAGGAGCCAGUAGGGCCCUGGGGGAACCCACGGAUCACGCCUCCCUUCUCUGGGGGAACCAUGAAUCACGCCUUCCUUCUCUCUCUGUUCGUGUCCCCUGUCACUGUCAUGUCCCGUCACCAGCCUGGCAGCCGUUCCUGUCGGCCGCUGCUCGUGCUGCUCCUCGCCCACUGCUGGCCGGAUAUCCCGGGGCCAUGGGGAGCUCCGCGUCCUCGCUGGCCGCGGAGACUGAGUCUGAACACGGCUUCCCCGCAGGGCCACCCUACCCGAGGGCCCCUGCGGUGGCCAGCUGGUGUCGGAGUGGCCCCGGGGCCCCAGUGUGGGCUGGAGCCCUGAUGGCCCGGCAGCACUCAGCCCUUCGCCCCCGGGCCCGAAGCCAUACACACUCAGCAGGGCCCAUGGCCGCGGCCGGUGAGUGGUCCUGCGGGCGCUGCACCUUCCUCAACUUGGCCGGCCAGCGCCAGUGCUCCAUCUGCGAGGCUCCGCGGUACAAGCCCGACCUGGAGCACAUCCUGCGGCUCAGCGUGGAGGAGCAGAAAUGGGCCUGUGCGCGCUGCACCUUCCGGAACUUCCUGGGCAAAGAGGCCUGCGAGAUGUGUGGCUUCACCCCCGAGCCUGCACCGGGCACCGCCACCCUGCUGCCCAUCCUCAACGGGGUCCUGGGGGAGACGCGGGCUCGAGGCAAGGAGGACGUAUCCCUCCUUCCCCUGCCCGUGGCUGAGACCGCGGGGACUCACCCCGAGGAGGAGCCAGAGGUGGAGGCCGGCACCACGGAGCGGUGGGACGGCUGGGCCUGCCCUCGGUGUACCCUCUGCAAUACCCCCGUGGCCAACUCCUGCUCAGCCUGUGGGGGCCCCCGGAAGCUCUCCCUGCCCCGCAUCCCCCCCGAGGCCCUGGUGGUCCCUGAGGUCGUGGCCCCUGCUGGCUUCCACGUGGCACCGCCUCCAGGAGAGGGCUCUGAGGCCGACCCCCCUGCCCCGGGCCCCGAGCCCUCCCGGCCACCCUUCAGCCCCUUCUCCCCACCCCUGCAGAACAACCCUGUGCCUCGCAGCCGGAGGGAGGUGCCCCCCCAGCUGCAGCCGCCUGUGCCUGAGGCCACCCUGCCCUCGUCCCCCCAGCCCCCUGGGCGGACCCCUGGCGCCCCCCGCCUGACAGAGCUGCUGGCUGGGAAGCAGCUGAGCCUGCUGGAGGAGGAGGCAGCCGAGGGCGGCCCUGCCCCGCGCCACAGCAGCGCCUGCCCUGCGCCCAGCCCCACCAGUGCCACCAGCUCAGAGGCCCACGCGGCCUCGGCCGGCGGCAGCGACCUCAUCGCGCUGGCCGGGGACACCGUGCGGUUCACGCCCGCCAGCCCUUCCAGCCCUGACUUCACCACCUGGUCGUGCGCUAAGUGCACCCUCAAGAACCCCACGGCGGCGCCUAGGUGCGCCGUGUGCGGCUGCUCCAAGCUGCACGGCUUCCAGGAGCACAGCUGCCCCGACUGCAGCGACCCGGACCGCCUCGGGCCCUGCCCGGCCCAUAAGACCCCCCGGGCCCUCCCCGCAGUGCCACCUGAGCUCCCCAGCCAGUGGGCCUGCCCGGCCUGCACGCUGCUCAACACGUCCCGUGCCAAGCACUGCGCCACCUGCCACACGCCCCAGCGCCUGGCCAGCCAGCGUGGAGCUGCCACGCCGCUGCGGCGCCGGGAGAGCGUGCAUGUGGAGAAGCGGCGACAGACGGAUGAGGGCGAGGCCAAGGCACUGUGGGAGGACAUCGUGGCCUUCUGCCGGGAGAACAGCGUCAGCUUCGUGGACGACAGCUUCCCCCCGGGACCCGAGUCUGUGGGCUUCCCGCCAGGGGACAGCGUGCAGCAGCGCGUCAGGCAGUGGCUGCGGCCCCACGAGAUCAACUGCUCCGUCUUCAGGGAUCACAAUGCGCCGUGGUCGGUGUUCCACACGCUGCGGCCCUCGGACAUCCUGCAGGGCCUGCUAGGCAACUGCUGGUUCCUGAGCGCACUGGCCGUCCUGGCUGAGCGGCCCGACCUGGUGGAGCGCGUGAUGGUCACUCGCAGCCUGUGUGCCGAGGGUGCCUACCAGGUUCGGCUCUGCAAGGAUGGCACCUGGACCACGGUGCUGGUGGAUGACAUGCUGCCCUGCGACGAGGCCGGUUUCCUACUCUUCUCACAGGCCCAACGGAAGCAGCUCUGGGUGGCCCUCAUCGAGAAGGCACUGGCCAAGCUGCACGGCUCCUACUUUGCACUCCAGGCUGGGCGCGCCAUCGAAGGCCUGGCCACGCUCACUGGCGCACCCUGCGAGAGCCUGGCGCUGCAGGUCAGCUCCACCAACCCCCGCGAGGAGCCAGUGGACACUGACCUCAUCUGGGCCAAGAUGCUAAGUUCUAAGGAGGCUGGGUUUCUCAUGGGCGCCUCCUGUGGGGGCGGUAACAUGAAGGUGGACGAUGCGGCUUACGAGAGCCUGGGGCUGCGUCCCCGUCACGCCUACUCCAUCCUGGAUGUUCGCGAUGUCCAGGGUUCCAGGCUCCUACGCCUCCGGAACCCGUGGGGCCGCUUCUCCUGGAAUGGCAGCUGGUCAGACGCGUGGCCGCAUUGGCCAGGACACCUACGCAACGAGCUCAUGCCACAUGGGAGCAGUGAGGGCGUCUUCUGGAUGGAGUACAGCGACUUUAUCAAGUACUUCGACUCCGUGGACAUUUGCAAGGUGCAAUCCGACUGGCAAGAGGUGCGGGUGCAGGGCUGCUUCCCCAACUCCGCUUGCGGUCCCGUGGGCGUCACAGCCCUCACGGUGCUGGAACGUGCCUCGCUGGAGUUCGCCCUUUUCCAGGAGGGCAGCAGGCGUGCCGACUCCGUGGACAGCCACCUGCUGGACCUGUGCGUGCUGGUGUUCCGGGCCUCCUUUGGCAGCGGGGGGCUCCUGAGCCUGGGCCGGCUCCUGGCACACAGCAAGAGGGCGGUGAAGAAGUUUGUCAACUGCGAUAUAAUGCUGGAACCCGGCGAGUAUGCUGUGGUGUGCUGCGCCUUCAACCACUGGGGCCUGGCCCCACCAGGACCCCCAUCCACGGCCCACGCUGGCGUCACUGCCCAGGCCUCUAGCACUUCAGGGGGCACCCCACGCUGGGCUGCAGAGCCGCCGGGCCACGUGCUGGCCGUGUACAGCUCCAGGCUGGUCAUGGUAGAAACUGUGGAGGCCCAGCCCACCACUCUGGCCGAUGCCAUCAUCUUGCUGACCGAGAGCCGGGGAGAGCGACACGAGGGCCGUGAGGGCAUGACGUGCUACUACCUGACGCACGGCUGGGCAGGGCUCAUCGUGGUGGUGGAGAACCGGCAUCCCAAGGCCUACCUACAUGUGCAGUGCGAUUGUGCCGACAGCUUCAAUGUGGUGUCCACACGGGGCAGCCUGCGCACACAGGACAGCGUGCCGCCUCUGCACAGGCAGGUCCUGGUGAUCCUUUCCCAGCUAGAAGGCAACGCUGGCUUCUCCAUCACCCACCGCCUGGCGCACCGCAAGGCCACCCAAGCCUUUCUCAGCGACUGGACCGCCAGCAGGGGUACCCACAGCCCCCCGCUCACCCCUGAAGUGGCAGGCCUGCACGGGCCCCGGCCACUGUGACCACCCCCCAAGCACUUUAGGAGGGAGCGUAAACAGAGGACGCUUGAACCAGAAUCUCAGGACCCCCCACCUCCCUGAAGCCGCCCUUGUAGGCAGCUGUCCCCCCUCCCCCGCCUAGCCAGGCCCCCGGCCACUCAGCAGAUACCUCGAACCUGCCUGUCUCUGUCUCUGGUGGGCUGUGUCCCUGCACCUGCUCCACCCAACUGUGGAGGGCAGGCUCAUACCCCAAGUGUGGCACCCCAAGGCGCCUUCCAGGACCUGUGGGCCCCCCUUCUCAGAUCAGGUGCCAGCUGGUCCAAACCCGCUGGCUGACAGGGACCACCCCCUUCGGGGGACCCAAACACGCCUGGCUGACAGGGACCACCCCUUCCUUCAGGGGGCCCGAACAUGCUUCGAUGACAGGGACCACCCCCUCCAGGGGGCUUGCACCCUCCCAGCUAGCAGGGACCACCCCUUCCCAUGGGCCUUCACCUGCCCCGCUUGUCUCAUUCCCACCCGGAC